AUCGACUCUUUCUGCCGUCCUCUCUCCUUCGCUCGCGACCUUUGGCAUCAGGAAUUGAGUCGCUCAUCUUUGCCACAACACCUCGACCCGUCCGCGCGCUUUGAGACGGCUGAUUCGGCACAGUCUUGUCUGCCGGCUGACCCCCCUGGACUUUGAGCCAAGCUGCUUGCUACGAGAGACCAUUCGUCGCUCUUGUCUUUUCUUCGGGACCGUUCCUCGAACCUCGCUCGUUCGGAUCUGCUUUUCUGUGGGAGGCCCAACAUUUCACUUUGAGAGAUACCCAUUGUUAUUCCAUUACCAAUUUUUUAGUCUGUAUACUCGCUUUUUUUUUUUCUCCGCCGCCGCACCCUUCCACCCGCGCAUUCCAUUACGUGGGGCGAGUACGACGCUUCCGGUUCGCAAGCGCUUGCUUGGAUUGGCCUCCGCCAGCGGAUUGCUCUCGAGGACCUUCUUACGGAUCGUGGAAGACACUGUGUAUACCACACGUGCUGCGAUAUAGUCGGCGAUCACACAGCUUCCCAGAUUCGUGCCAACACAAGAGCAAAUCCCUCUACUUCUGGCAUAUAUAUACGUUUGCAAACGGAAAUCUGCAAGGCGACGGAUCUAUCUCGAGCCAGGUGCGAGGUCUAUGGAGAAACCCCUCGCCACUCGAGCCAAGGUAUCAUUUGCAGUGCUAUAUCUAAUCUUACUGAAGAGGACUUCGUUUGCGACACCUUCGGCAACCCCUCAGGUGUCAUUACUACAUGGCCACGGCGACAAUGACCAACGGUGCCGUAGCCGUUAACGGCAAGAACGGAGAUGUCGCAGGCAAUCUGCCCAGCUUCCCGCCACCAAAGACGGACAAGCCUCGGCCCCAUGUCUGCACGACGUGUGGAAGGUCAUUCGCACGAUUGGAGCAUCUGAAAAGACACGAACGGUCACACACGAAAGAGAAGCCAUUCGAGUGCCCGCAGUGCACAAGAUGCUUUGCACGACGAGAUCUGUUGCUUCGGCACCAGCAGAAGCUCCACCAGACGGGCAACACUUCGUCGCGACCGCGCGGAAGGCGUGAGAGUGCGAGCGGCGCCCAGACAGGUGCAAGAGGACGAAAGAACUCAAUCGCCAGCAGCGUGGGGGCCACCAACGGUGCAGCAUCUUCUAUGCGGCCAAGGGCGAACACGAUCAGUCACAUCGACAUGGGCGCGUUCAACGCCUUCCUCAACGGCAGCAGAGCAAAUGGCUACCAUAGUCACCACACCAACCUCAACGGGUUUGGUGGUGUCAAUAGCAUCGACUUCCGGGCCAUGUCGACCUUUGGCCACCAUGGCAACAUGCACGGUCUGUCGAAAUUGGACACCAGUGGCCUCAACAACAUCAACCUAGGAGGAGGCAUGCGCACCGCACCAAUCAUGGGCGACGGAUUCGAUUUCGACAAGCUCUUUGGCGGCGACUCUACCGUCAACCCUGCUCAGCUUCAUUUUUCAGGAGCCAGCGGCCCUCUCGGCGCCUUCCAGGGCAUGCAGUUUGCACCGACCAUAGAAGAUGAGGAUGCCUUGGACUGGACUGGCGGCUUGGGCGAGACGUUGAUGGACAGCGCAGAACAUGCUAUAGCCGACGGAUCCUCUCCUUCAGCAAUCAGCACUGCCAGCCACAGUGGCUUUAGCGAAGUCAUGCUGGACGGAUCGAACAUGCCAGUGCACACGUCGGGGACAAUGUGGAACAACUCCAUGCUGGCUGCUACUAAUAUGGCCAAUUCGUCGCCUUUCCCUGGGGGCGUUGAUCCUGUGAGCGCGGCCAUAUUCCCCGAACUGGUACCCCAAAAUUCCGGCAUCCUGCAAUCCACCGAGAUUCAGGACCAGCAGAUGGCGGACAGCUUCCUCUUCACCACGUCGCAGGUCACCAAUGGUCUAAACUCUACUUCGGGGAUCCCGGGCAUUCCGAGUCAAUAUUUCCAGCCGCCGUCAACGUUUGACCGAAGCGUAGAAAGCAUCUCGUCUCCGUCGGCGAACGGAAGCAGCAAGCAAAGUUCAAUGUCAUCCAUGUCAACAAACUCGAUCACAGAUGCCACUCGACAGGCGCUGCUGUUUAGCCUGUCGAACUCCACAGGCUACGGUCACACAUCUCGUCAGUACUCGCAGUCUUCGGUCCACUCGCCGAUAUCACCUGCUUUUGGUUCGCAGGCAAUUCAAGGUGCAACGAGUCUACCAAGUACACGAGACUUGCAGCGAUAUGUCAGCGCCUACAUCCACUACUUCCAUCCGCACAUGCCGUUCCUGCACAUCCCCACCCUGACUUUUAACACUCCGGUAUUCACGACGAACAUGCGUUCGAGCCACAAUCCCAAGGACGGCGUGGCUGGCGGGGGCGGAUGUCUCAUCCUUGCGAUGGCUGCUAUCGGCGCGUUGUACGAGUUCGAGCACAAUGUUGCAAGGGAACUCUUCGAGGCUUCGAAGCGCAUGAUCAAACUGUAUCUAGACGAGCGUUGCAUUGGAAUGAAGACGAGCAGUACACAGCAACGCACGCCUACCUGGCUUGUCCAGGCCAUGCUCCUCAAUCUCAUCUACGGUCAUCAAUGUGGUGACAAGAUGGCUGCCGAGAGUGCCACAAUACAAUGUGCCGCGCUCGUCGGCCUAGCGAAAACGGCGGAGCUCGACAAGCCCGACCCGGACAUCGCCAUGGACGAAGAGCGAGCCUACAACAUGCGCAACGCGUCCUUUGACACCGACAUGAACGAUGAAGGACUGUCUCCCACUUCUUGGAACAGGGUCAAGCCUUCCGAGUCGAGGGAGGAGUUUGCGGAGUGGUUCAGAUGGAAGUCUCAAGAAGAACGCAAACGCACGCUUUAUUCCGUGUUUGUCCUCUCCAGCCUUCUGGUCACGGCAUACAAUCAGCAACCACGCAUUCUGAAUUCCGAGCUGCACCUCGAUCUGCCAUGUGAAGAAGACCUUUGGGCCGCCGAUUCCGUGCAUGCUUGGCAAGCCUGCGGCGGCCACGAGGGUGCUGAUGCCAGCCGCGUAACGUUCGCAGAUGCGCUCACAUAUCUACUAACGGCUAGUCAAAGACAGCCAUCCGAUCGCAAGCGUUCAAUUGCACAUCAGCCGUUCGGCUCAUCCAUGCCGUUGGAUGACAUUCCAGAGAGCGACCUGAAGCCGAGUACCUUUGGCUGCUAUGUUCUCAUCAAUGCUUUGCACGUUUACAUAUGGGAAACGAGGCAGCGUCACAGCGGACGUCAGUGGAAGCCGCACGAGACUGCGCAGAUGCACGCACAGAUUGAACCUGCACUUCGUGCCUGGCAAGCCGCGUGGAAGGCCAACCCGAACCACAACCUUGACAGACCGAACCCGUACGGACCUCUCCCUGCAGACAGCAUCCCCCUUCUUGAUCUUGCCUAUGUUCGCCUCUUUGUCAAUCUUGGUAGGUCCAAGGAAGCUUUCUGGCAGAGGGAUUUUGAGGCUAUGGCGAAGGAGUUGGGUGAGGGUAGCGAAAUUAUUCAGAACGCGGACCAUUCGCGAGGCGUAUCAACAGAGCCUACCAACUCCAUCAAGCCGGAGUCGAAUGUGGAUUCGCCGCACAACUCCCCGCAGCAUCUCGGAUCGCCUUCGGACGGAGUCGUUGAUGCGUCAGGCGACAUCACUGGUGUCUUGUCAAACAACUCCAGAGUACCGGGCCAGUCGACGAAGAGGGAGCGUCACCUUCGCAAGGCUGCGUUUUACGCAGCCGACUCUCUUGCCAUGGCCGACAAACUAGGCGUCACUUUUGCAGACUUCACCUCCCGCGAGCUGCCGAUCCAGUCUGCCAUGUGCACAUUCGAUUGUGCACAAGUGCUCGCCGAGUGGGUUGCUACGGUCCAAGACCGUGUUGGACGCUUCCUUGGCAUCAUCGGCCGCGACGAUAUCGACUACUCUCAAGUGCCAGCCAUCAUGCUCCUCGAAGAGGAAGACGUCAAGCUUAUUCGCAAGAUCAAUGAGAUCCUAAACCAUGCGGAGGUCAAGAUCGCUUUCGAUGCCGCAUCCCUUGGCACCUCACCUGAGACGAUGCUGGGCUCUCUCGCGUCCGUAAAAGACUGCGGAGAUGCCAGCAAGAUCCUACUGAUGACCAGCUACAUGCUCAACAAAGCUGCCGUCUGGGGGAUCACCAAAGUCAUGUCUCAAGCAAUGCAUGUUCACGCUGAAGUGCUUAAGCGUCGCGCUGAAGCCUCGCUAGAGGCAUGAUCAGCCCUAAAAGCCCAUCCACGAGGUUAUCGUCAAGCCUUCGAGUCUCCAAGGAGCCCAAUCUUGGGUCGGAUCCUGAACAUCCUGUUAUUCAGUCGAAAUCUGCUGUGCAUUCAUCUUCGAAGCAACCCGUCAACGGCCAUCUACAUGUUCGGCUUUCUUUACAAUUUGUCCCUUUGGAGUUUCGUGACUUUGUCUGCCAUAGCUCAAUCCGGAACUCGCUUCGCCAGCACCAAUCAUUACCAUCAAAUGGAUCCGCCGAUCCUCGUCAUCUGCCACACGAUCUUCACUUCGCUUGAGUCAUUACCCGGCAAUAGACGGGGUUGGAAUUGGCUCCUCCCCCCC